AAAUGCAAUACCGCUUGUAUAAGUGGUCUCUAUCUAUCUGAGCUCCAUUCGCUUGAGCUGGCCGCUCAUGGAGGGCGGCGUCAUCUCCGAUUGGCGGAGCAAGAGGGUUGCUGCGGUGACGGGCGGGAACAAAGGGAUCGGGCUGGAGGUGUGCCGGCAGCUGGCCGGCAACGGCGUCGCCGUCAUCUUGACAGCCAGGGACGAGGCCAGGGGCGCAGCCGCCGUCGAGAAGCUCAGAGGAGCUGGGCUUUCCGAUGUCAUCUUCCACCAGCUGGAGGUCACCGAUGCUCGCAGCAUCUCUCGGUUGGCAGAUUUCUUGAAGGCCCGUGUUGGGAAGCUCGACAUCCUGGUAAAUAACGCCGCCGUCGGUGGUGCUGAGUACGUCCCAGACCUUGUUUAUCCUUCGGCAAACGUGGAGGAUCCGUUUGCUGGCAUGGAUGAAGGCCAGAUGUCUGAAUGGAUGCGGCGAAACACCCGGGAGACCUACAAUUCUGCAAAGGAGACCCUGCAGACGAACUACUACGGCACCAAGAACGUCACCGAAGCCUUACUGCCCCUGCUGCAAUCCUCUACCGAUGGCAGAAUUGUUAACGUCUCCUCCGUGAUCGGCCAGCUGAGGUAUUUUGUCAGCGAAGAGCUCAAGCAGGAGCUGAAAGACGUCGGCAAGCUCAGCGAGGAGAGGCUGGACGAGCUGCUGGGCGCGUUCAUGGAGGACUUCACGGCCGGCGCGGUGGAGGCGCGCGGGUGGCCGGUGGGCUUCUCGGCGUACAAGGUGGCCAAGGCGGCCGUGAACGCCUACACGAGGGUCCUGGCGAGGAGGCACCCGGAGCUGCGCGUCAACUGCGCGCACCCGGGCUUCGUGAAGACCGACAUGAACAGGCUCGCCGGCCUCCUCACGCCGGAGCAAGGCGCGAGGAACGUGGUGACGGUGGCGCUGCUGCCCGCCGGCGGACCGACCGGCAAGUACUUCGCCUCUGGCCAGGAGGCGCCGUUCGUGUGAGCGUGAUACUACUAUACUACUGGCCGGGUACGGGGCCAUCGCCAACACCUGCAUGUGUGAGUGUGAGGUUGCUGAUAAAACUUGGUUUGCUUGUGUGAGGUUGCCAGUAAAGGAUUGACUGCAACAACAGAAUUAUAUAAAUAAAUGUGCAUUUUCGACGAA